AUGUACGGUAGGAAUUUCCCUGGAAGAAAAGGUCUUAAACAACGUUUUGCUAACAAGGUUGCACAACGAAAUCGGUUGCCAAAACACCACAUUGCUCUUAUUGCUGCCACCAUAUUGACAUAUGGAUCUUAUGGCCUUCGAGUUCACACCUUAGUGUCUGACAUUGAUGCUUUGUGUGUUGCUCAUUUCUUUGCCUCCAUUGCAGAAGACUUUUUUGUUCUGCUUCACCACAUGCUCAAAACUAGACCUGAAGUAUCACAGAUUCACUGUGUCAAGACUGUUAAAGUCUCGUUUAUGCGAUUUAAAGUCCCUCUUAUGCCCUUUAAUUUAAAGUGUAUAAGAGGGACUUUAAAGCGCAUAAGAGGGACUUUAGCAGUCUUGACACAGUGAAUCUGUGAUACUUCAUGUCUAGUUUUGAGCAUG